GAGCACUGAUGCUGCGUUGUCGUUGCAUCAUUUUUGUGUGCCGAGUUAACUCAGAGUGUGGACUACGGCACAUUCCCAGUAAUGUUCGUGAAGUUAUAUUUGGGCUUAAGGACAUGAGGGCAGUGGGAUAGAGCUAGAGCUUGUUACGCCUCGAUGCUGGCGUUGGGUGGCUGGUGAUGUAUUGUGCAGACAGAGAACGUGAGGAGCGACUUUGGGGUGGGCAGGGCUUAGGUUUCACAGGUUAUUUUUGCCUGUGUGGAAUAGUUCGCUAUUCAGAAUCUGGUAGGCAAUUGCAUACCUGAGUCUGGCACUGAGGGAAGCGAUCUCUGUGGAGAUACAGAUCUGGCACCAUCAGCAUGUAGGAGAUACCUAAAACCAGUAGAGGUUGGAAUAACCCUAGAGAAGAGGGUCUGGGGAAUGCCUAGUUGAGAGAGGAAGAGGCAGCUACUGAUGGCAGUAUGAUGGAAAAUGAAGUGGAAGUGAGAAGCAUGAGGUAGAGGAUCAGGAAUACAGGUUAGGGUUCUUUGGCUGUGUGAUCUGUCAUGCAGUGAUGAGAAUUCAGGCUUACAGAGCCCUCUUUGUCAGACAGUGUCUCAACUCAAUCAUGUGAUGUGGGCACUGAGUUUUGUCCCUGCUUUACAAGUGAGAAAACGCUUGUAGGUAAAACUUGCAAAGCUUCAACAUGGCUUUAGAAUAGUCUCUCCAGGUGGGAGUGGGAGUUGUGGUUCUGAGCAUAGCUGAAGUAAAGAGAUGACAUAGGGUAAACCACUCUCAGAAGAUCUGGGUGGGGACAAGAUUACAGCCCCAUGAUUCAGCAAGUGCUAGCCAGCCAGGAGCCAAUGGCCGGGGACAGAGCCAAACCCUGUGAGCUGGACCAAGAGAAAUACGAUGCCGAUGACAAUGUGAAAAUCAUCUGCCUGGGGGACAGCGCUGUGGGCAAGUCCAAACUUAUGGAGAGAUUUCUCAUGGAUGGAUUUCAGCCCCGGCAGCUGUCCACACACGCCCUGACCCUGUACAAGCACACGGCCACGGUGGACGGCAAGACCGUCCUUGUGGACUUUUGGGACACAGCAGGCCAAGAGCGGUUCCAGAGCAUGCACGCCUCCUACUACCACAAGGCCCACGCCUGCAUCAUGGUAUUUGAUGUGCAGAGGAAAAUCACCUACAAGAACCUGAGCACCUGGUAUGCAGAGCUUCGGGAGUUCAGGCCAGAGAUUCCAUGCAUUGUGGUGGCCAAUAAAAUCGAUGCAGACAUAAAGAUGACCCAAAAAAGCUUCAGUUUUGCCAGGAAGUUCUCCCUGCCCCUGUACUUUGUCUCAGCUGCUGAUGGUACCAACGUUGUGAAGCUCUUCAGCGAUGCAAUUCGAUUAGCUGUGUCUUACAAACAGAACUCCCGGGACUUCAUGGAUGAGGUUUUGCAGGAGCUUGAGGUAGGUCAGGCCCGGAUGUCAGGUGGCGUAGAGGAAGCGGCUUCCCUUCAUAGGGGUGCAGAGCAUAACCCAACAGACCGACUUUGCAGGCCACACGUGCUCGUCGAGGGCACUGCCCCUAGAGGUGUCAGAGCUACAGUUGGUCAAAUGCAAGGCCAGGCCUCACCUGCAACCUUGUUCACAGAGCAUCAGCUUGGAGCAGAAGGAGGAGGAUAUGCUGGGCAAAGAGCCGCGUGGCCACGUCGAGAGCCCAUCUCCCUCCUGAGCCACAGAAGGAGGCCUCUCUCCACGGCCGACUUGGGGAGGGGGGGAGUUCAGAAUACCCCUCCCUUCUGCAGUCCUUCAGCUCUCACGUGAGACAUUCUUCCAGGCCAUCCCCUGCUAUGCCUCCUACAGACCCAACCAUCCCAUUUGCUCCCCCACUGCCAUGGCCCGUGAGACCUGACCCGUCACAGUUGUUCCCUCCCCUGUAGUCGGGCAGGCAAGGGGUCCGCACCAGACCCUGGGGCAGAAUUAAGGAUGGACACUCCCGGUUAUGUGGGACGGUGAAGAAAAUCGGGCAACAUUCUGUGUGUGUCUCUUAAAUAAAAGGAAAUUUAGGUGUUUUUUUUUCCCCCUCCCAGAACUGACCUCAGGGCCUAUUCGUUGCAUUUCUACCAAGGGAAUGAUUUCUACCAAGGGAGUGAUUUCUAAUUCCUGACUAUCCUUUUUCCUCUAGUCUCCCAACGAAACCAGCCAUUUUAAGAAAAUGGUUUUGAACAGAGAGCUGUUCAUUCCGUAAGUUUUUCCAGAGUUCUUCUAGGUACAGCCAGUACGUUGAUGAACAGCGAGGCCAAGGUCACAGGCCCAAGUUUGUUGCUAGCAUCACGUGAAAGCAGGCGACUGCUCUGGCCGUACUUAGUAAUACACAAACGUCGUAGUUGUAAACAUCGAGGGUCAAUACAGCCACACCACAAGGCACACCUGUUUGCAUUGUAAAAAAUUGACUUUCGGAAAGCUUCCUUUAAAACCCCUAUUUCAACAAGGGAGGAUUUCCUUCAUUUUUCUUGAGGACUAGUGUGGACAUUGUACCUCCUUGGGUGGCAAGGGCUGCUGAGAACUCUCAUGCUGCCUUUUCCAUUUAUCUCCAGGACUUGUGGUUCACUAGGACGCUUUUAUGAUCAUCUUGUACGUCAUUUCCAUUUUUAAAAUUUAUUUUUAUUUACGUUGAAUAGAUGUGCAUGCUUUGUGGGCAUGGAUUUCUCUGAGCAAAGAGUCACAAGAGAACGAGCGGAUCAUCAGCCACGUUAGUAAGGGGAGACUGCCGUGACCUGGCGUGUCAUCUCUAGAUUGAUUGUCACAGAGACCAUUUCCGUGGAAUUCAGUGUUUUUAAAAGAAUGGGUGUUUGUUUGUCUGGGAGUCAAGAACAAGCGUUUUUACCCUUUAGAUUACUGACGCUUACAAUUUCAACGUCACGGAUUUAACCCGACCAGGAAAUUUCAGGAAUGCGUUACCCUGGUGAGAUGUACGUUUAAAAACAACAACAGAAACAACCCUUUAGUUAUUGUAAAUGAUUAAUAAGUGUUUUUUAAAUAUAAUGGCUUCACUGAGAUAUAAUUCAAAAACCGUAUAAUUCACCAUCGGUAUUGGCUUUACGUAACCAUUUUGCAUCAGGUUCCCUGGAAGCAAAGCCUGAGAAGGCAACUCUUGUUCAGAUGACUCAUUGUGGCAGUUUUCUGUCUCUGCUGGGGACCAGCUUCAGUCUCCCCCUUCCUAGGGAAGCUCUGGAGGACAAACUGCCCCACAAGGAUGGUCCCACUUUGAGACCAGGGCCCUUUUUGUGCCAGUUGGCCAAGUGUGUGAGGAGGAGGUGGAAGGGGUGACUUGUAGUGUCCAGGGCAAAAGGGCUCCUGUUUUAGCAAGGACGGUUCCCUGGGGAAAGGGCAGCUGUGAGUUUCAACACUCGAAGUAGGUAGGGGGUAAGUGCUCAGGCAGGGUGCCAGCCAUAUCCAUGGCCACCUGCCCAUACAUUGCUCAAAUCCACCUGCUUCUUAAAGCAGUAUGUCGUCCUGACAUACAGGAACACCACCCCUGAGUCUUUU